AGCAAGCAACGAGAAGCCGCUUGGUCACAUCAUGAUCUGGAGCGGGUACAAGGGCGAUGAUGAGAUGGAGAGAUGAGGUGCAGAGGCUUGCUAGCUCUGUGGGGGAUGUUGUAAGAUCCAGUAAGGGGGGAGCACGAGGCCCUUGGAUGCGGAGAAUGGUUUGAAAGGCGGGAGCAGGAGCAAGAGCAAGGCCCCUUUGAUGCUGCUGCUGCUGCUGCUGCUGCUGCUGCUGCUAUUUCGCUUCCGUGCCGCCGCCGCCCGUUGCCAGGUACGGCUCCUUUUGCUCGAUGGACAAUGGUCCGGAGUGGGGUCCAAGCAACGUGGGCUGGGUAGAGGAAGAAGGGGCGGCGAAUGGGAAUUGUGAGAUGGAACAAGACGUUGGUCCUGGAGUUGCUGUGAGCAGCGGUAGUGGUGGUGCUGCCUCUGGUAGAGGCGCCCUGCAACGCGACGGUCCCAGCAGCAGCAAUCUGCCGCCGCUUCGUCGCCUUUUGCUUGUCCACCUCCUCCUCCUCGCCUUCAGGGUCUCAGACUCAGGCCCCCCGGGGGGAACAGCCCUGCCUCUCCAUCCCUCUCUCCCCCCCUCUUUGCCCCUCGCCGGUCUAGGAGCAGAGGACCGGAGAAGCGACGCAGCCGAGCCAGACGCUGCAGCACCAGACGCGGGCUUGGGAAUAAUCGAUGGCAGCCUGCAGCAAGCCAGCCAGGGCGGGGUAAAGGAGCAGAGACGACCUUCCAGGAGAGAACAAGGGAAGCGCCGGGGUCCGGAGUGAAUUUGAGCUUGCAACACACACUCACAAGAACCAAGGUUCCCAAAGACUCCCAAGGGGAGCUCGGCAAAGCGACAGUAAAGGCUUCGACAGAAGAGAGUAGCAGGUCAGUGCAUCACAAAGGCCGAGGUAUAGACGGGCCACAUCACCUUCGAGUACUGAGCUCUAUCAGCCAGCUACAACCUCGC